CCGAGAUGCAUAUUCAGUCUGCCAGUGAUGUCGGCAACCGAGCUCUCUGGGUUGUCUGCGUCCUCAUGGCAAUUUCUUCUAUAGCAUUCUAUGGCAUGGCUAUGCGCGUGCCUGUGCAAAAACGGUUGUUUCACAUUAUUACAGCCUUCAUUACUACGUUCGCUUUCCUGUCCUAUUUCUCUAUGGCCACGGGUGAUGGUCUAAGCCUCCAUCAAUACGCGACGACGGAGACCAAGCAUCAUGUUGUUACCGAGGUCUACAAGCGUGAGGUCUACUGGGCCCGUUAUGUCGACUGGUCUCUUACUACUCCGCUACUACUCCUCGAUCUGUGUCUCCUAGCUGGUCUUAACGGUGCUAGUAUUACUGUCGCUGUCGUGUCUGAUGUCAUCAUGAUUAUGACUGGGCUUUUUGCUGCUUUUGGCCAGACGGGAGGUCAACGAUGGGGUUGGUAUGCCAUCGCCUGCAUCGCCUACCUGGUUGUUAUCUAUCAACUUGGUUACAACGGCCGCUACGCUGUGUCAAACAAGGACAACAAAACUAGGUCAUUCUUCUCCGCGAUCGCUGGUUUCACAUUCGUGCUCUGGACACUGUAUCCAAUUGUAUGGGGUGUAGCUGAUGGUGCUCGCAUCUUCAAUGUUGAUACCGAGAUUAUCGCCUAUGCUAUACUCGACAUUCUUGCCAAACCCAUCUUCGGCUUUUGGUUAUUGUUCACACAUGACAGCAUGUCGCGCACAUCUCCCACUGUGGAUGGGUUCUGGGCUCAUGGAAUGCAAUCCGAGGGCGCCCUUCGCGUUGGCGAUGAUCGGGAUUAGAAACUGCAUCAAGCGCAGUACUACCGGAGAGCUCAGUUUCCCAAGAGCUCUGUUUUACGUCUCCGAGUCGACAUUACGUGGAAAACAUCAAGUCGUCAAAAAGUGUUCUCACGUUGUUUCAUUUUUAGGCUCAUGAAAAUCACGUUUUCUUCGUGCCCAGUGCCGUAGGCUGUGUCGUUCGCGGAAUUUGAUGCCAAUUAUGAGAAAAUUGUAACAAAAAAAGUUAUGUUGUUGUAUUCAUGUUUGGGUUAUGUUGGACAGUUUGCUUGCUGCGAUGUGGAUUGUGUUAUAAUUUCAUUGUCAGUCGCCUUAUCGUCAAUUUCAAUAUCACUUAAUUUAUUCUAGUUGUACUUUUUCCUGGUCAGAG